AGCGUUUGCAGUUGUAUUCAGGCAGUAGCCGUCUGAGAAGCCGGAACGUUUCGUGUGCUCGUUACAAGCUGAAAACGUUACGUACAUCACGUACAACCGAAGAAUUCUUGAGUAAAUAGCAUUUCGACGACAGGGAUACUUGUCAUCGUGCAAGAAAAGCUGAAGCAUCGGCACGUUGUCAACCCAACGCGAUCAACCGACAUCUCGAACGACGUUUGUAGGACGACAUCGUAGAAAGACGUAAAACGAGACACUGGGGUGCACCCGACAGGGCGAUCCAUCUGUCUCGAUACACCCACGAACACCCGUUCAAUUUUCACGCUAGAAGGCGGCCGUCCAGCAGGGCGAUACCAUUUUAUAUGACUUUUCUUCGACGUCAAGUAAAGGAUUCCGUCGCAUCGUUUCCGGUGGUGAAACCUCAAACCACGUACUUCCCGGCAAGCAAGUCCUCGUGUGACUGUCGCUAUCAUGAUUUUGGAAUGGUCAGUCUCCUCAAAACACCGGCUGGAUGAUCGUUAAACGAAGAUAAAUGAGACCACGCACCGGACUAAAUUUUCAUGAACGACCUCAAACAAUCUACGAAAACAGGCAACAGAAAUAAUGCAGCUGCAUGAUCGAGUCUGAGAACCCUGGAACAUCCAGGAUAUCAUCCAGAGGGAAAGGAUCGGUGUACAGCAAAGGCGGCGGUAGUAGGACAUUGUCCAAGCGACAUUUAAACGGCAACAUCAUCACCUUAGCUCGGUGUAAUCGUUCGUUACGAGCAACUUGUGAGUUAACCACACCAACCUGGUACCCAGGCUUUCUUAGUGGCACAAGCAACGGACAGGCAGCGUGUAUGAUCAUUGAAGACUAUCCCCCUCUGCCCACCAAACCGAGGCAAUAUCUGCAUCAAGAUACCACCCAACGAUUUCUAAACCAUCUGGUCCUGCCUAAACACAGGACCUCAAAAUUUUCCAGUAAUAGGCAUCGGAAGCUACAGCCGUUCAGAGAAACGUGACUGGCGUCAGCGGAUAGUGCGGCACACCUUACCGCAGACAACGAAAAUCACCCUGACUCGACACGUAACGAGCUACCAUCGGGUAGCCAUUGCCUGGCAACGUCGCUGCACAGCAUUCAAACUGCCGCUGGGAAACGUGAAAAUUAGAUCGAGAAGGACGAGGACGAAGACGUUACCCACUUGAACACCGCGAUCCAGGAACGGCCGAGAAUCAAGAGAGCCGAGCUACCAGAAGCUUGGAACAUCCACCCACGAUUUGCAGUAACGUGUUCACAACGUCUCGUCGUAAGUUGUCGCUUGGAACGGACAUCAAGGUAGCUAGAAGCAAGAGACGGAAACGUCAUUCACCAUGGGGAGCGUCAACGUUAACCGCACCGUCAGCGAUGCGUUUUAUCGCUAUAAAAUGCCGCGGAUCCAAGCCAAGGUCGAGGGCAAGGGCAACGGCAUUAAGACCGUCAUCGUAAACAUGGUCGACGUUGCGAAGGCCAUUGGAAGACCUGCCACUUACCCGACCAAGUACUUCGGAUGCGAGCUCGGAGCUCAAACCCAGUUCGAUUUCAAAAAUGAAAGAUUCAUCGUGAACGGUUCGCACGACGCCACCAAGCUGCAAGAUCUCCUCGAUGGAUUCAUUCGAAAAUAUGUUCUCUGUCCGGCCUGCGAUAACCCUGAAACGGAGCUGAUGGUCAGCGCGAAGAAGGGGACUAUCUCGCAGGGAUGCAAAGCCUGCGGCUACCAUGGGCUAUUGGAAAGCAAUCAUAAAUUGAACACCUACAUCUUGAAGAAUCCACCGAGCUUGAAUCCCGCUGUUCAAGGUAGCUCUCUGACGGAGGGCAAACGCGGGAAACGUUCGAAGCGCGCUAACGGUGAAACAACAACAACAACUACCACCGCUACCGCUAACGGUGAUCGAUCUGGUUCUCCGGAGAACGAUACCAGCACCACCGACAUCGUGGUCGAAGCUCCUGAGAAAAUGGCUGACGAGAACGGUGAUGACGAUAAUUGGGCAGUCGACGUGUCAGAAGAAGCUGUUAGAGCUCGUCUGCAAGACUUGACGGAUGGCGCGAAAGGAAUGACCAUCAGCGACGAUCUCGAUAAGACUGAAAAGGAGAGGAUGGACAUGUUUUAUAAGUUAGUUAAAUGUCGUCGGGACGCUGGGCAAUUGGACAACCAUAAAGAGCUAGUGACGGAGGCUGAACGUCUGGAGAUCAAGACCAAGGCUCCGUUGGUAUUGGCUGAAUUACUUUUUGAUCAGAACAUUGCUGCUCAAGCGAAAAAGUACCGGGUACUUCUGCUACGUUUCACUCAUGAUGACAUCAAGGCACAGAAGUAUUUGAUCAGAGGAAUCGAGCAAGUGAUAGCUCUGCAUAAAGAUGCUUUGAUGCCUAAAGUACCUGGCAUUUUGAAGCUCUUCUAUGAUGUUGAUAUUUUGGAAGAAAAAGCUUUAUUCGAGUGGUCGAAUAAGGUAACCAAAAAAUAUGUAUCAAAAGAUUUAUCUCAAGAAAUUCACGAUAAAGCUGCACCGUUCCUAACUUGGCUGAAAGAAGCGGAAGAAGAAGAUUCUGAAUCAGAAGAAGAAGACGAUGAUCUGGAGAUUGAAUAUGACGAUAGAGCCAAACAAUCACUGAAACCACAACAGCCACCGCCUGCGCAGAAGAAGCCUGCUGUAGUUGAAGACUCGGAUGAUGAGGAUGAUUUUGAUAUCGAUGCCAUUUAAAAAGAACAUGAAAGAUGCUCAGUAGUCGGACACUUGUCCGGUAAAACGAUGAUUAACGAUCAUUUUUCACACGAUACAAAGAGUCGCAAUGCAAUCUCUUAUUAUAUAUAGCAUUUUGUUAUUUUAGGCCAAGAGGUGAAUUAUAAUGCCAUUUACAUGUACGAGAAAUUUUAACUGUUUCCGAGUUAGCAAUAUUUAUCUGUACGGUAAUAUUUUAAUUGUUUUUAAUAAGGCGAUUACGAAUUACCUAUAUCAUUAUUCCUAAUUAUUAUUGAGAUUUUUAAAAAAUGAUCGAAGCAUCUGCACUUCGAUAUACGUAUCUCUUUUAGAAGAAAAAAAGAUACUGAUAGUUCUCAACUGUUACCGAGAAGUUGGCCUGCUAAAAGCGUUCUCUAUUGUAUCUAUUUACUAUUCAAAUAAUAAUUAUUCAAAUAAAUAUGGUUUAUCGCAAGA